AUGGAGGCGCUAGAGCAGCUGACAACGCUGUUGAUGCAGCAGCACGCCUUGCAGCCCGUCAGCGGUGGCGGGAGCGAGGGAGCUGCCGCCGCGGCACCAACCACGCAAGACAUGCAAGGAGGGAAGGGCCACUUGGGCAGUGGCAACGAGCAUGCUGAGCAAGGUGAUGCACAAGACAGCAAGCAGGGCGCUGAUCAGCCACUCAAGGCCGAGGCGCCGGCACAGCAGCAGCAGAGCAGCGAUGCUACAGCAGAUGCCGUGGCGCCUGCGAAUGCAUCUCUCAGCGUGGCGCUGGCGUCGCUGUUGCAGCAUCACCAAACCCAAACGCAGCAGAAGCAGCAGCCACCGCAGCAGGCGCCCAAGCUGUCACAGCAGCAGCAGGAGGCCACGGCGCGGCCGCCGUCUCAGCACGAGGCCGUGCCAGACAUGCAGCGUGAUGAGUCGGAUGACGUUGGCCCAGCUGCAACGGCGGCAGCAGUGAUAGCCGCCGCCGAGUCUGCAAAUGACGACACUGGCCGCAGCCUGCAGCUGGAGCUAGCCAAAGCGAUAGCGCAGGUGGUGAUCAGCCACCUGCAGCAGCACCCCACCUGCAUCCCGCUCAAGCAGAUGGGCGCUGCCAUUUCGGAUGUGCUGGUCAAAUGCGUCACGCCCAGCGGGCUGGCGUCGGGACAGCUAGCGCUGUCAGCCUUCCAGCCACCAAAGCAGCAGUCCCAGUCUGCGCCGCAUAUGCUGCUGGCAGCUCUGUUCCAGCCAUCGCUGGGAGCCACUCCGGGUAGCGGCGCUCCCAGCUCUGCAGAUGCUCUGCUGCUGCAGCACCUGGCGGACGCGGCGGCAGCAGCGCCUGGUACGGCUGGCACUGGCAGCGGCAUGUGGGAGCUUCCGCCCGGCGCUGCUCGCGGCGGCGGCAGCGACGGCGCAGAUGCCCUGUUGGCUGCAGCAUUGGGGGCUGGGCAGCCUCCGCCAAUCUGGUCCCAGGACCAGCACCUCUUCCGGCCGCAGGCGCUGCGGGCACCUGGGGCGCAGGCAGACCAGGGCGGCAAUGCAAAUAACUGGAAUCAGCUGAUGCAAGCUGUGCCUCAAAGCCAGCAGGCUGAUGGCUCAGCCCCAGCGAUGAAGCGCCAGCGUACGGCCCAAGGUAGCGCGCCCCAGCUUGCGGCGUAUGAUGCGCCACGCCAUGCCGCGGGCCACCUUGGCAGCAACAGCAACCUGUCCGGUGCCGGCGUCGCCGCUGGCAGCUCGGGGCACCAGCAGCCAGGGGCCCUGGUGCCGCUGCUGCAGGGCCCGGGUCCGCGAUCCCCAGCAGCUGCCGCUGCGGCGGCCGCCGCUGCGGCGGCCGCAUCUGCGCUGCGCCCGCUGGCUGCCCGCGAGCAGGCCAUCCCGCGCCAGGUGCCUGCUACGCUUCGCCGCCCGGUGCUGGCACAGUCGCUGCAGCACCCGCUGGCUGCUGUGGACCGCCUGCUCACUAAUGCCACCUACAUGAACCGACUGCACGUCAACCAAUCCAUGGCGCAUGACCUGCUGCCAGACGUCGAUGAAAUCCAGCUACCGAGGGACCAGCAGCGGCAGGGCGCUGCCGGCUCGCUGAUGCUGUUCAAGCACUCAAUUGUGGUGGUGGACGAGCAGGACCGUGCUUGGCCGGUUCAGUAUGAGGGCUUCAUGUCCGCAGGCCAAAGGCACCUGCGGUUGGGCGCCGGAUGGCGCUACCUGUGCCGCGCCAAUAAUGCCGCCGUCGGUGACACGCUUGUUCUGGAGCGCUGGACGCAGGACCGCAGUGUCGUCCACCUGCGCAUCCUGCGUGUGGCACAGCAGCAGCAGCAGCAGCAGCAGCAGCAGCAGCAGCAGCAGCAGCAGCAGCAGCAGCAGCAGCAACAGCAGCAGCAGCAACAGCAACUGCCUUCCUUUGCAGGCAUGCUGCCGCUGCCUGCGCCCGCUUCAGGACUGACUUUUCCAGGCAACUUGAGGCCUGAGGAGGAGGCAAUGCAGCCUGGCACGCUGCCGCUGCAGCUGCAGGCGAUGCUAGGCGUUGCCGCGCAAGCUGCAGCCGCGCAGGAGCAGCAAGUGGAGCAAGCGGCACCUGUUCAGCAGCAGCAGCAGCCUGCGGCCCUGGAAAAUGCAGGAUCCCAGCAGCAGCAGCAUCAGGCUGCUGAGCCUUCAACAGUGGCAGCAGGGUGCGGCGAUGCUUAA